CCGAAUUUCUGCGCCGUUACUCUGGAAAAAUCACUCCAAAACCCUCAUUAAAAAGCUCCGUUUUGAACUUGUUGAGAUUUUCACACCGAAGCUCAACAAGCUCGAGCUAGACCCCUGCUAAACCAAAGCAAUCACUACAUCAGUAAUAAGCGAAGGAAAAGAAGAACGUCAAGGGAGAGGAUCCCAAGGAGAAGAAACAAAAAGAGACUGAAGAAGAUCGCUUACCCGAGGUCUUAGGUGCUUACAGUAGUUGAUUCGAUCCCAUGAAGAAAGUUAGAAACUUGAAGAAGAGAUUGGAAAGACCCGUUGAGUUGGAUAAAAUCAACAAUGAGACUAGGGUUCAAGAUGUCGAUUGGAUUUGCUCUCUUUCAGAGUCUGAGAUUGAUUUUAUGAUUAGCUUGAAACUGUUGAUCACAAAGCGAGCAGAAAGGAUAGGGUGUAAAAACUUGGCUGACAGAUUUGACCUUAAGACGAUUCGAGCUAUUGCAUUUGUUUUGAUGGAAAAUCUCAAAACAGAGGUAAAAGAAACAUCACUUGUACCAGACACGGUAAAAUCUACUGCCUUCUUAGAUGCUUGCAACAUACUUAAAUGUAGUAAUGUGGUUUCUGCAACUAUUGAAGAGCUUAGUAAAACUGUUGGUGCUGAUAUACAACCUAUUCUAACAAGUUCGACGCCAACUUCCAAACGAAAGAAGCGGAAAGUUGGAAGCAAAGAGUAAGAUUUUAUCCUGGAAGGACCUGAAAUUUAUUCUCCUUAUUUUGUUGUCCUUACAUGUGCUGUGAAAACACUGAUUUUGAGUGUCUCCAUAGGCUAAUUAGCUAGUAAUAUUUUUUUAUUUGGUUAGCAUUAAAUAUUUUCUGCAAGAUUGUAUAUAUGUGAGAAAAAACCAGUGCGGAAAAUGAAGAUAUGAAGUUUUGCAAUCUUUCAAUGA